AUGGUCCUGACGUUGCUUUUCUCCGCCUACAAGCUGUGCCGCUUCUUCGCCAUGUCUGGUCCACGACCCGGAGCCGAGCGGCUGGUGGUGCCGGGGCCAGACGGGGGCGGCGGCACGGGACCAUGGUGGGCUGCAGGCGGCCGCGGGCCCCGCGAGGUAUCGCCCGGAGUGGGCGCCGAGGUGCAGAGCGCUCUGGAGUGUGCGCUGCCCGAGUUGCAGCAGGCGCUGUCCGCGCUGAAGCAGGCUGGCAGCGUGCGGGCCAAGGGUGCGGGCCUGGCCGAGGUCUUCCAGCUGGUGGAGGAGGCCUGGCUGAUGCCAGCCGUGGGUCGCGAGGUGGCCCAGGGUCUGUGCGACGCCAUCCGCCUGGAUGGUGGCCUAGACCUGCUACUGAGGCUGCUGCAGGCGCCAGAGCUGGAAACGCGCGUGCAGGCCGCGCGUCUGCUGGAGCAGAUCCUGGUGGCUGAGAACCGCGAUCGUGUGGCUCGCAUCGGGCUGGGCGUGAUCCUGAACCUGGCGAAGGAGCGCGAGCCGGUGGAGCUGGCGCGCAGCGUGGCAGGCAUCUUGGAGCACAUGUUCAAGCACUCUGAGGAGACGUGCCAGCGGCUGGUGGCUGCUGGCGGCCUGGAUGCCAUACUGUUCUGGUGCCGCCGCACUGACCCGCCACUACUGCGGCACUGCGCGCUGGCGCUGGCCAACUGCGCGCUGCAUGGGGGCGCGGCGGCGCAGAGGCGCAUGGUGGAGAAGCGCGCCGCGGAGUGGCUCUUCCCGCUCGCCUUCUCCAAGGAGGACGAGCUGCUGCGGCUGCACGCCUGCCUCGCGGUGGCGGUGCUGGCCACCAACAAGGAGGUGGAGCGCGAGGUGGAGCGCUCUGGCACGCUGGCACUCGUGGAGCCGCUCGUGGCUUCGCUGGACCCUGGUCGCUUCGCCCGCUGCCUCGUGGACGCCAGCGACACAAGCCAGGGCCGCGGGCCUGACGACCUGCAGCGCCUCGUGCCGCUGCUCGACUCCUCGCGUUUAGAGGCGCAGUGUAUGGGGGCCUUCUACCUCUGCGCGGAGGCUGCCAUCAAGAGCCUUCAGGGCAAGACCAAGGUGUUCAGUGACAUCGGUGCCAUCCAGAGCCUGAAACGCUUGGUCUCCUACUCCACCAACGGCACUACAUCGGCACUGGCCAAGCGCGCAUUGCGCCUGCUGGGCGAGGAGGUGCCACGGCCCAUCUUGCCCUGCGUGGCCAGCUGGAAGGAGGCCGAGGUCCAAAUGUGGCUGCAGCAGAUCAGCUUCUCCCAGUACUGCGAGAGCUUCCGGGAGCAGCAGGUAGAUGGCGAUCUGCUUCUGCGCCUCACGGAGGAAGAGCUCCAGAGAGACCUGGGCAUGAAGUCGGGCAUCACCCGCAAGAGGUUCUUUAGGGAGCUCACGGAGCUCAAGACCUUCGCCAGCUACGCGACGUGUGACCGCAGCAACUUGGCAGACUGGCUGGGCAGCCUGGACCCGCGCUUCCGCCAGUACACGUACGGCCUGGUCAGCUGCGGCCUGGACCGCUCCCUGCUGCACCGCGUGUCCGAGCAGCAGCUCCUGGAGGACUGCGGCGUCCGCGUGGGCGUGCACCGCACCCGCAUCAUCUCCGCGGCUAGAGAAAUGCUCCAUUCUCCACUGCCCUGCACGGUCAGCAAGCCCAGUGGGGAUGCCCCAGAUGUCUUCAUCAGCUACCGUCGGAAUUCGGGUUCCCAACUGGCCAGCCUCCUGAAGGUGCACCUGCAGCUGCACGGCUUCAGUGUAUUUAUUGAUGUGGAGAAGCUAGAAGCAGGCAAGUUCGAGGACAAGCUCAUCCAGAGUGUCAUGGAUGCUCGGAACUUUGUGCUGGUGCUGUCGGCCGGGGCACUGGACAAAUGCAUGCAGGACCAUGACUGCAAGGACUGGGUGCACAAGGAGAUUGUGACUGCUUUGAGCUGUGGCAAGAACAUUGUCCCCAUCAUUGAUGGCUUCGAGUGGCCCGAGCCCGAGGCCCUACCUGAGGACAUGCAGGCCGUGCUUACCUUCAACGGCAUCAAGUGGUCCCAUGAGUACCAGGAGGCCACCAUUGAGAAGAUCAUCCGCUUCCUGCAGGGCCGCUCCUCCCGGGAUUCGUCUGGAGGCUCUGACACCAGUUUGGAGGGUGCUGCGCCCAUGGGUCCAACUUAAUGGCUCCCACUUCCUCA